GUCAUUUUCAAAAUUCAUUCAUCACACAGAUCACACGCCUGGACCACUGAUCCUGUCACCUGUUUUCCGUAUUCUGAAUAUUCUGAUUCAUUUAAAUAAUUGUAAGUACACUAGGACAGCAUGCCUAUUGUUGUGGCUUAGUGGCGUAAAAUUUCCGACGCUUUGUAGUGCUUGUUAAUGAUUCCACUUUAUAUCAUCUAGUGUAUCCUGUUAAACAUGCUCGCCAGUAGGAAUGUGCUUGAGCCCAUUAAUGUAAAAGCUUUACCAAAAUUAAAGGGGAAAAUAGUCGUUAUAACUGGUGCCAAUAGUGGAAUAGGAAAAGAAACUGCCAGAAUCAUAGCAAAAACUGAAUGCAAGCUAAUUUUGGGCUGCAGGCGUGAACUGGAAGGUUUAGCGACUCAAGAAGAAAUUAAGUCGUCCUCUGGUAAUGAUCUCAUAAUAUACAAACAUCUAGACUUGUCGUCCUUUAAGUCAGUAUUUACAUUUGCGGAAGAAGUUUUGCAACUAGCAACUGAAGACUUUGAACUUCACUGUCUCCUGAAUAAUGCUGGGAUAUUUUAUGACAAACAUGAAUUGACCGAGGAUGGAUUCAAUAUCAGUUUGCAAGUUAAUUAUCUUGGGCUUGUUUAUUUGACUCUUUUGUUGCUGCCUAAAUUGAAAAAAAGUUCUUCAUCUCGAAUCAUCAAUGUAACCUCAGAGGCUCACAGAUGUGUGUCUCAGCCUCAUAUCGAUGAAUUUUUUUCAAGUGAUUAUUUCUCUCCUAACAAGUACGAUCCAAUUCCCGUUUACGGAGAAACAAAACUUUAUGUCAUGCUUUCAGCUUUACAUCUAAGCAAAGUUCUAGAAGAGACCAAUGUAUCUGUAAGUUGUGUUGACCCUGGUAAUGUCGCAACUAAUAUUCUCCGUCAUUUCAAAAAAUAUAAUACUUUAAUAACAAGAUUUUUAAUCUGGCUCCGCUUUAAAAGUGCAGUCAAAGCAGCUGAGGAGGUAACGUGCUUGAUCUUUCAUCCUCAUCUGAAAGAGAACUCUGGAAAAGUCUGGAAAUCACUGGAAGAAGAAAACCCCUCCUCUCUAGCUACCUCUGAAGAACUUGCUAAAAAACUGUGGUCACAAACCCUAACUGUUCUUCCAAAAAUCAACUCAAAAUAAGAAUCAUCAUGGUACAACCGAAGACUAUCAUAAGAAAAACAGUCAUCAUUGGUAGCAAUGGAGCGUACCCUGAAGAGGGCUCUCAGUGUAAAGUAAAAGUUUUGGAUCUAACUUUAAACGAACAAUCACCCAAAUCCAAUUGGAUUCAGGGAGAGGGAGUCUACAGUGUAAUCAUAGGGGAGGCAAGCUGUGUCUUUGACAUCAGCUUUGAAUAUGCAUUGACUUGCAUGAAUAAAGGGGAAAAAAGUGUUUUAGAAUUAAGAUUCAAUGAU